AUGAGUGUAGGAAGUGGGGACAAGGUGGAGAAACGGUACGUGGGGGAGGGCGGAUUGAACGGAGUGGUGGGAGGACAUGAUGAUGGGUUUGUCAGCACGGUUAAGGCGUCCGAAAAAGGGCCCGCGUUGUCCACCCGUCCAACGCUGUCUGCUGAGGAAGUGCGAAGCGGGUUCAUCAACUAUUUUAAGGAGAAGAACCACACGGUGGUGGAAAGCGCAUCAGUGAUUCCGUACAAUGACAACACAUUGCUGUUUACAAACGCAGGGAUGAAUCAGUUUAAGAAAAUAUUUCUAGGACAGGUAGAUAAAAGCAGUGACUUGGGAAAGUUGAAAAGAGCAGUGGACACACAAAAGUGCAUAAGAGCAGGAGGGAAGCACAACGACUUGGAUGACGUAGGGAAGGACGUAUACCAUCACACCUUUUUCGAAAUGUUGGGAAAUUGGAGUUUCGGAGAUUAUUUCAAAGAGGAGAGUAUCGAUUAUGCAUGGGAUUUGCUAACCAAUGUGUAUAAAAUAGACCCCAACAGAUUAUAUGUCACCUAUUUUGGAGGGGAUGAAAAAUUACCUAGUUGUCCUGAAGAUUUGGAGACAAAAAAAAUAUGGUUAAAAUAUGUGGAUGAAAGUCGUAUCUUACCAUUUGGUAUGAAGGAGAAUUUCUGGGAAAUGGCAGAGACAGGUCCAUGUGGUCCUUGCUCAGAAAUCCAUUAUGAUCGAAUUGGCAAAAGAGAUGCUACCAAUUUGGUGAAUAAGGACGACCCAAGUGUGUUGGAAAUAUGGAACAUAGUCUUCAUGCAGUAUAAUAAGGAUGAAAAGAAAAAUAUGAAUAAAUUGCCCUUCCCAUGUAUCGAUACAGGGAUGGGGUUAGAAAGAAUAACUUCCAUUUUGCAAAAUGUGGAGAGUAAGGUUAAUGAAGAAGAUGUAGAUAGAAUUGAUUAUGCGUACCGAGUUGUUAGUGACCACAUCCGAUGUGUUACAAUUGCCAUCAGUGAUGGUUGCCUACCUGGAAAUGAAGGAAGAAAUUAUGUCAUAAGGAGAAUUAUCAGAAGGGCUAUCAGAGUAGGUAAGCAGAUAUUCCAAGUAGGGAGCAACGUGCUGUGGUUUUACAAAUUGGUAGAUUCUGUGUGCCACAUUUUGAAGAAAUGCUUUACAGAUUUGCAAAAUGAAGAUCGAGUGAACUAUAUUAAGAAUAUCAUUAAGCAGGAAGAAAUGGUUUUCAAUAGGACGUUAGAAAAAGGAGUGGAUCAGUUUAAUAAAAUUAUCAAAAGGAGUAACAACGCAGGGGGGGAUAAUCUCUUCAGUGGCAAGGACGCUUUUGAAUUGUAUACUUCGUAUGGAUUCCCUAUCGAUCUCGUACAAAUAAUGUGCGAAGAAAAAAAUUUCAAAUUAAAUAUGUCCGAAUUUAAUGAGCUGUUUAGGAAGCACCAACUAGUGUCAGAUACGAACAAUUUUAAGAUGAAUAAAUUUUUUGACCUACCUGUGGAGAAGGCACAUGAGUUGAAGCAGAAGCAUGGGGUGGAAGCAACGGAGGAUCAUUACAAAUACGAAUGGAAUAAUGAUGAUAGGAAGAAUGACAUGGCAAAGGUUGAGACGGACAUAGUGGUUAUCUACGAUGGGGAGAAUUUCCUAGAUAGUAUCAAAACCCCGAGUAAGGAUAAAAAGUAUGCCCUCAUUUUGAGGAAAACGAAUUUUUACUACGAAAAUGGAGGACAGAUAUACGACACGGGGGUUAUACAAAAUGAGCAGAUGAAAUUCCAAGUACUUAAUGUGCAAAAAAUGAACGAGUAUGUGCUCCACAUUGGUGUCCUUCAAGAGGGGAAAAUAGAAAAGAACGACUCUGUGCACACGGUGGUAAAUUUUGACAGGAGAAAAUUAGUCGCCUGCAACCACACCGCUACGCAUUUACUCAAUUUUGUCAUAAAGAAGGUUUUAACAGAAUAUGUGAUCCAUGGGAAGGGGGACACGAAGAAUGGCGAUUUGGUCCACACAAAGAAUGAGAAGGAACAAGCUGGAGUAAACUCCAUUUUUAAUUGUGACCAGAAGGGAUCCCUAGUGGAUGAUGAGAAGCUGCGAUUCGAUUUUUCGUUCUUCCAAAAUGUAAGUGACGAAUUAGUUAGCAAAAUAGAAAGCCAAGUCAAUGAUUUGAUCAAACAAGAAUUAGCUGUCUCCGUUCGAACCAUGGAUCUUAAGGAGAGUAAAAAGAUUAAAGGAAUCAGAGCCAUCUUUGAGGAAGAUUAUGCAGACGUUGUUAAUGUAGUAUUCAUAGACAACGACGUGGAAAAGAUUCUCAACCACUUGGAUGUGAACUACUCCUAUUUGUGUUCUAUUGAAUUAUGUGGAGGCACCCACAUUGCCAACACGAAAUUUAUAAAGAAGUUUAUCAUAACGUCGGAGGAGAGUAUCGGGAAGGGAAUUUACCGAAUCAAUGCUGUUACGAAUAAGAAGGCGGAAGAGGUAGAAGCCAAAUUUGAUCAUCUGCUUGCCAAGUACAAACAUAUUUUUGAAGACCCUAAUGAAGGCAAACUAGCCGAUGUACAGAUGUACAAACGGGUUCUAAAGGAAGAUAAGUUUCUGCCAUAUAUUAGGAAAAAUGAAAUAUUGGACAAGUUAGAAAAAAUUGAAAAAAAUAUUAUCGAGAAGACGAAGAACAUGCAGAAGGAGUUAUUCAAUAAGGCUACCACUAUUGGAAAGGAUUACGCCUUGGAAGACAAAAGUGGUGUUCUUGUAGAUGUCAAACUUUUUGAUACUCUAUCUGGAAAUCAGAAAGUGUUAGAAAAAAUCGCCCAGUCGUAUUGUAAACAUAACAAAUUGUGCAGCUAUUUCUUCAUCAUUGAUGAUGAGAAGAACACCUAUUGCGUUUUCGAAAUGAAGGAUUCGUUGAAGGGGACCACUAUACAGGCAGAUGCUUUCAUGAAGGAGAUAAUGCAGUCGGUGGAAGGCCAUUCUGGUGGAGGUAAAAACAAGGCUUUUGGGUCGGCAGCAAAGGGGAAGGGAGUCAUCAUAAAGGAGCUGGCACAGCAGGCGGUUAAGAAGUACCACUAG